CUUGGCCACCCAAAAACUUGGGUACCGAUCCAACAAGAGUGCCAUUACUUCAAGCGGGGGUUCCAGCUGAAUUUCAGACAUCAGCUCUUCAGUCUUUGCCCAUCUCAACUACUGUACGUCCUCUUUAGUCAUCCUUUUCACUCGUUUUCUUACACUCGUUCCUGAAGUCUUCAAACUGAGUGGCCUGGCCUGUCCAUUCCAUCCUCGAUCGUUACUAUCCUCAUACCUUGACCCCGGCCGUCCAGAAGUCAUCUUACCGCAGACAUCUUUUCUCGGCCGACUCGUUGGUCUUCCUCUUUCAUCGGUCGCUCAAAUCAAUUGAAAUCCACUCAUCAGUGGUGUACCACAUCAUACACAGUCAAAAUGUGGAGGAGAACGGCAUUGGCCGUUGCCUGUAUAGGCCUCCUGCCCUCCGUCCUCGGAGCAGAUAUACUCAAGAAUGACGGUUUCACAACUUGUGCCAAUGGAACAGGCACAAUCAAGGUCAACAAUGUCGAGGUAUCAUUCGAUCGAGACACCAACCGAGUCACCUUUGACUUCUCCGGCGAGAGUACAGUGGAACAAGAAGUCACUGCUGAACUCACCGUGACUGCAUAUGGAAUUCAGGCUUUCAAGGAAUCAUUUGAUCCCUGCGCCGAAGACACAAAGAUUGAUGAACUCUGCCCUGUUCCUGCUCGCGCAUUCAGUGCCAAAGGAUCCCUGACCAUUCCUUCAGAAUACGCCGACAUGAUCCCUUCCCUAGCAUAUUCAGUACCAGAUCUCGAGGGUAGCGCCCAGGUCGUCUUGACGGCCAAGGACGGCACUGAAGUUGCUUGUCUCCAAACAGGUGUCAAUAACGGCAAGACGGUACAAGUUCCUGCGGUUUCGUAUGUUGCCGCUGCUGUAGCCGCUGCUGCAUUGGCCGUGUCUCUGGUCGGAGCCGCAAUGAGCGGUGGUAAUCCCGGCACAACCACAGCCAGCCCAGGCUUCUGCGAAGUCAUCUGGUGGUUUCAAGGAAUGGCCAUGAACGGCAUGCAUUCCGUACCGUACCCCGCCAUCUACCGCAGCUUUUCCAAGAACUUUGCCUUUAGCACCGGCCUUGUUUCAUGGGCUGGGUUGCAAAGGUCGAUUGACAGCUUUCGUGCGAAGACUGGUGGAGACCUCACCGAUUCCAACUACGACUUUCUUCGAAACAACGCCACUCUUAUCUGGCCCGACAAUUCAACUUCGACUGCAUCCUCUUCCUUCAAGAAGCGUGCUUUGCUCGUAGUACGUCAAGCCAUCGACAUUGGCAAUGACACAAGCUCGUCCUCGGAAAGCAACGAAAAGCAGGCGCAUUUUGUCGACGGCAUUCAAGGAUAUGUCGAACAACUGACCAUUCCAGAUGCCAAUACUUUCAUGACCGUCCUCUUGGUUUUUGCAAUUGUCAUCGCCGCCAUCAUUGUGUUCAUUCUCCUUUUCAAAGUCAUUCUUGAAGCCUGGGCAUUGUUUGGCACAUUCCCGAAAUCCUUGACCACCUUCCGCAAGGAGUAUUGGCGCGUCAUUGCCCAGACUAUCGUGUCCCUGAUCCUGUUAUUGUACGGAGUCUGGACACUGUACUGCAUCUUCCAGUUCACCCACGGUGACUCAUGGGCUGCCAAACUCCUCGCUGCGGUCACAUUGGCGUUGUUUACCGCGAUCCUGGCCUUCUAUACGUGGAAGAUCUGGAGUAUUGUGUCCAAGCUUAAGAAAUUGGAAGGCAAUACGUACUCCCUGUACGAAAACAAGGAGACUUGGAAGAAGUACAAGAUCUUCUACGAAAACUAUAAGCGAGGAUACUGGUGGCUCUUCAUCCCUUUUAUUGUCUACAUGUUUGCCAAAGGUUGUGUGUUGGCGGCAGGUGACGGCCACGGCUUGGUUCAAACCAUUGGCCAGCUGGUGAUUGAAGCGAUCAUGCUCGUACUUCUUCUGUGGAGUCGCCCUUAUGAACGGAAAUCGGGCAACUGGAUCAACAUCAUUAUCCAGGUCGUUCGAGUCUUGUCGGUGGUGUGCAUUCUCAUUUUCGUCCAGGAGUUGGGUGUCGCUCAGACAACCAAGACCAUCACCGGAGUGGUCCUGAUUGCUGUGCAGUCAGGCCUGACUGCCAUUCUGUUUCUUUUGAUUGUCAUUAACAGCAUCAUCACCUGUUGCAAAGAGAACCCUCACCGCAAACGACGCAAGGCUGCCGAGAAGCAUUUGUCGCAAGACAUGGAAGGCGAUGCAUUCCUCCUACAACCCAGUCCAUAUGCUGCCCCCCCUCAGCAUACGAGACAUCUGUCAAAAUCCGGACAUGGAUACCAGCCCGUCCCAGAUCCAUACGCACAGUUCGACGACAGCCAAGAAACCCUGGUUAGGGGUGCCGCUGAGAUGGGCACUUCAGGUUAUUACAAUUUGAACAAUGGCCCAAGCCAACAUUCUCACAGUCCACCACCACCAUUCUCACGAGAGUCGCGAUUACCUGAUAUGAGUUAUGAAUCGUAUCGACAUAAAUGAUCAUUUGUCAGGAGAGUGUACAGAAAAUUUUGUCUUAUUAGCGAGCGUGGUUAUUAUACUUGUCAUUGAUUAUGGCUGGUCUUGGUACAUUUUGGAGGUAACAGGUCUACACAAGUAGCCUUUUGAAUUUGCAUAGCGAAAUUUUGGUCGGAGGGCGAGGAUACUCGCCAUUAAACCUCGUAUUGACAUGAUGAACCAAAUGCGGUGUUAAUGGGUAUAUAUUCAAGGUAUAUGAGCAUUUAAAUAAUACUUUUCUGAUCAUCAAUAUGAA